GUUUUUCAGCCCAUGUUAAUGGAAUAUUUUACCUAUGAAGAGCUUAAAGAUAUCAAAAAGAAAGUGAUUGCACAGCACUGCUCACAGAAGGACACAGCAGAACUCCUUAGAGGUCUCAGCCUGUGGAAUCAAGCUGAAGAGCGACAGAAAUUUUUCAAAUAUUCUGUGGAUGAAAAGUCAGAUACUGAAGCGGAAGUGUCAGAACACUCCACAGGUAUAACCCAUCUUCCUCCUGAGGUAAUGCUGUCCAUUUUCAGUUAUCUUAAUCCUCAAGAAUUGUGUCGAUGCAGUCAAGUCAGUACUAAGUGGUCUCAGCUGGCAAAAACAGGAUCUUUGUGGAAACAUCUUUACCCUGUUCAUUGGGCCAGAGGUGACUGGUAUAGUGGUCCCGCCACUGAACUUGAUACUGAGCCUGAUGAGGAGUGGGUGAGAAGUAGGAAAGAUGAAAGUCGUGCUUUUCAGGAAUGGGAUGAAGAUGCUGAUAUAGAUGAAUCUGAAGAGUCUGCAGAGGAAUCGAUUGCUAUCAGCAUUGCACAAAUGGAAAAACGUUUACUCCAUGGCUUAAUUCAUAAUGUUCUGCCAUAUGUUGGUACCUCUGUAAAAACUUUAGUGUUAGCAUACAGCUCUGCAGUCUCCAGCAAAAUGGUUAGGCAGAUUUUAGAGCUUUGUCCUAACCUGGAACAUCUGGAUCUUACCCAGACUGAUAUUUCUGAUUCUGCAUUUGACAGUUGGUCUUGGCUUGGUUGCUGCCAGAAUCUUCGGCAUCUUGAUCUGUCUGGAUGUGAAAAAAUCACAGACAUGGCUCUAGAGAAGAUUUCUAGAGCUCUUGGAGUGCUGACAUCUCAUCAGAGUGGCUUUUUGAAAAGUGCAGGCAAGGCCACUUCAGCUCCAUGGAUAAAUAAAGACAUUACCAUGCAAUCCUCCAAGCAGUAUGCCUGCUUGCACAAUUUAACUGACAAAGGUGUUGGUGAAAAAAUAGACAAUGAUCACUCUUGGACUAAACCUGUAUCUUCUGAAAGUUUUACUUCUCCUUACGUGUGGAUGCUAGAUGCUGAAGAUUUGGCUGAUAUCGAAGAUGCUGUAGAGUGGAGACACAGAAAUGUCGAAAGUCUCUGUGUAAUGGAAACAGCCUCCAACUUUGGUUGUUCUUCAUCUGGUUGUUACAAUAGGGACUUUGUGGGAUUAAGGACCAGAGUUUGUUGGCAGCAGCAUUGUGCUUCUCCAGCCUUUGCAUAUUGUGGUCAUUCAUUCUGCUGCACAGGGACAGCUCUAAGGACUAUGUCUGCACUCCCAGCGACUUCUACAAUGUGUAGGAAAGCAUUAAGGACUACAUUGCCUAGGGCAAAAGACUUAAUUUAUUUUGGGAGUGAAAAGUCUGACCAAGAGACUGGACGAGUACUUUUGUUCCUCAGUCUAUCUGGAUGUUAUCAGAUCACAGACCAUGGUCUCAGGGUGUUGACUCUGGGAGGAGGGCUGCCUUACUUGGAGCACCUUAAUCUCUCUGGCUGUCUUACUGUAACUGGUGCGGGGCUGCAGGAUUUGGUCUCAGCAUGUCCUUCCUUAAAUGAUGAAUACUUUUACUACUGUGACAACAUUAACGGUCCUCAUGCUGACACCGCCAGUGGAUGCCAGAAUUUGCAGUGUGGUUUUCGAGCCUGCUGCCGCUCUGGCGAAUGACCCUUGACUUCUGACCUUUGUCUACUUCAAUUAGCUGAGCAGGCUUCCUUUCAUGCACUUUACUUAUAGCACAUUUCUUGUGGUAACAGCCCCCUUUUGGGUGUGUUUUGUUUUGGCCCCAUUUCUUACAGUCUCAGAAAUUUAAUUUAGCAGUCAACUGUACAGUGUUGUUUUUCCUUGCAAAAUAUAUUUUUUUUAGAUAGGGAUUAGGUUUUUUUUUUUUUCUCCUUUAAUUAGGAUGAGAACAGACUUACUGGUUUCUUUUAAAUGAAAUGCUUUAAAAAGUGUAUCACUAAUGCCAUGGUAUUUAAAGUAUUUUUAGAUUAUUUUGCAUUUUAGUCAGUGGGGGUUAUUGGUUCUCUAUGUGUAAGCACUGUACCAAGUUUUACAGAUCCUUUCAGAUACACUUUCUGAACUUUUAUUUUCAAAAGACUGAACAUUUUGGAAAUGAAUCUCUUUUCCUAACAUUUUCUUUAUUUUAAUAAUUCUCAGGAGCCAAUUCAAACACACCUAGAAAUGAGAUUCUUUAAGAUUGUAGAAUAAAUUGGCCUCUCAGUAUUUGCUCAGUGAGCUAGCAAAAGCACCUGUCUAUUUGUAUUUGCUUUAGACAACUGGUUCCACUACUGUCCCUAAACUGUCGAAUUUGGGAGGGAUUUUUAAAAAUUCCACAAUUGUUUAAAGAAAUGUAUAAAUAAAAUCUACUUUGAGAACUUUACCAAGCAA